ACCACCAAACUUUCAUUGCAUCUCUCUCUCUCUCAAAACAAGAACAAGAACAAAAGACUUUCUAGAUCCUUCUUCAAAUCCUUAUAGUAAUCAUCGACCAUGAUCUCUGUCGUAAUCCUCGCUGAUCUACUUGUGGAGUACACAUCAGCUCUCGCUAAGCUCACAGCCGGGCUUCUUCCAAGACGGCAAGGGGACAGCAACGUCGUGAGAGUUGGUGGUUUCAUCUUGCCUUGUCCUUCUCCUUCGAGUACUAAUCGGUCGUCUCAUAUUCCUGACUUUUCUUCUCAUCUCGUUGACUUCUGAUCUGCUUGAAGACUUCUUAGAGGUUUUACCUCGGAUCUUCUCCUGCUUCUUGAUCUAAUCGAAGAGUGUCGGCUGAGAUUUUUUUGCCAAUGAGUGUAUCUUUGCCCUUCUCUUUCUCUAGGUUGUGAUGAAUCUUUUAGAGCUUUGUAAAUUUUUGUAUCGAAAUAUAAUAGAAAGUUAUAUAUCUUUAAUGAACUCAUGAUCUUU